CGAUUUCACCAUAAGUGCUGGAUAUAGGAGGCUUGUUCAUGGUUCGGCAUCCUAUUCCCGUAUCCGCAGGAUAUGCGACGUGCGUUCCCUACUAGCGAAGUUGGUCUGCGCCGCAAUCGUGCAUCGGCAUCGGCAUCCCUUUCCGGAAGGUAGUUGCAACGUGCCGCGUAUUGUGGGUACGGCAGAUGAUAUUAUGGAUACCGAAAAUAAUUGUACAAUGAAUGCCAUACUCCUCAAGCAACCAUUCGUAAUUGGAACAUAUUCCCUUUAUCGAUUCCCAGGACAAUGGCUGACCAACCAGACUACGAUGCGAUAACUUGGCCUGUCCAACUCACAAGCAAAGUCCAUCGUAAAAACAACCCGUUGCUGAAUCCUAGCAACCCUGCUCUCUCAGCUGCAGGCAAGACAGUCCUCAUCACUGGGGCCACAGGUGGCAUUGGUCGGGCGAUUGCUGAAGCAUGGAGAACUGCCGGUGCUAAGGCCAUCGUCAUAACCGGAAGGAACCAAAAGAGACUACAAGAGGUUGUUGAGAAAUUGGAAGCCACAGUCCAAGAUGGUACGACCGUACAUUCCUUCGGGUCCAUCGAUAUCACGAAGGAAGAAGAUGUUGCAACGUUGUGGAAGAAAGCAGGGGAGGCAGUGGGCCGAAUCGAUGUCCUCGUCAAUAACGCCGGAUCCUUGACGCAAGCUAUGAUCGGCAAGGGUGAUCCGGGAAAAUGGUGGCAGGAUUUUGAAGUCAAUGUCAAAGCCGUACAUCUGAAUGUGCACCACUUCCUCGCCCAAGCACCGGACGGCAAGGGCACAGUAAUUUCUGUCUCGACAGGAACGUUAGGCGACAUGUAUCCCGACUUCUCCUCCUACAUCCCCAGUAAACUCGCGCAAACCAAGUUCAUGGAGUUCCUUCAUCAUGAACAGCCUGGCAUCCGCACAUUUAGCCUUUUUCCCGGCCUCGUUGCAACAGAUAUGCCGCCAAAGCAGUAUCUAGAGUAUGCCCUUGACGAUCCCAUGCUAACAGGAGGCUUGACACUUUUCCUCUCUACUGAGAGAGCAGAGUGGUUGCGAGGCAGCAUGGUGAGUGUGAACUGGGACUACGAGGAGAUGGAGAUGCACAAGGAAGAGAUUUUGGAAAAGAGGUUGACGAAGUUGGCUUUUUGUGAUGCGAAGUUUGGGAAAGGAGGUCAUCCUUGGGCGACGUGACGAGAAUACAGGCAUGUCUGCUCUCACAUCACUAUCCGUCGAUACUA